UAAAUUAAAAAUAAAUAAUGUCGUGACUCGUCAAUUUUUAUCAACUCGAGACUUGAGAUUCUCGAGAUUCGAAAUCACACACCUCUAUAGCUCGAGAGAGAAGGAGACUGCAGAUCAUAUGUCUGUCCUUCUCCACUUCUCAAAGUCUGUCGAAUCAAGUGUCAAGCGUAUAACGGAUGUUAGUCGACUUUGCUUUGAUGUGUGUGCUCGUGAAAUUCUUAUCACUUGCUGAUACAACGUCGUAGCGUGCGGACGAAUCAUAAGGCGUUCGUAUAACUAUAAUUCUGGCACUUUACCCGCAACCGCGCGUAUUACGUAUGUGAGUUAGUAAGGUGUAAAAGUAAUUGUGAAUAAGCAAUUAAAUAAUAAAAGUUAUUUGCCCGAGAGCAGUCACAGCAAGCGGACUUCUCUAUUGUGAGGAAAUAACUACUGUGGGAAAUACUUACCUAUUACUGAGAACAAUCGAUACUCAUUCGGGAUUAGAUCCUGGUGGAGCGAGUACCCACUCGGUUGCCAUGACGUCGCGUCGGUACCUGUAACAAAAGAAGAAAAGAUUAUCAAUCAGAGGAAUCCUUCUUGGCGGUAAAAUCACGUGGCAACCAUAUAACGAGUGUGUAUAUUUAUAAUCAGUAAUUAUUAUUUAUAAUGUGAUUCGGUCACAACAUUAGCUUAGAAAAACACAAAUUUAAAUAAUUUAAAUUUUUCAUUCCGAAAAAUAUAAAACAAAUUUACAUCUCUCAGUAUAUAUUGCAGGUCAACAGUAUUACUGGCAAAUCUACUCUUGUGCCUAUGGUUGACCUUUCUCUAUUUCGCUUCCAUUAUCUAAAAAACCUGUUAUAUUAGUUUUUAUUGUUUUUAGCUUAUUUAGACAUAUAGAAAGAAAAUAUUUCUUUAUUCUUGCCAUAUUAAAUAAAUUUUGUCAUCCUACUGCUAGAAUAAUUGCAUCUUAUUAUUAGAGAGGUUCACAUAUAUAGAAAGAGGAACGCACACAAAAAAUAAUAAACUGAUUUUUACCAGCCAAAACUUUUAUCACUUAUUUCUAAAUCUAAAGAAGAAUUUAUAACAGAAUACAAAAACUAUGAAAAAACGAGAUAAAAAACUUUAUCUACAAGCUCUAACUGAACUCGAAAAGGUAGUAUCAGGAGAUAAUAUUGAUAGAUUAAAAGAAUUAAACAAUUUAAUUGACAAUAUAUGUAAUGCAGAUGCAGAAGAUCAAAUAACUUUGAGAAAUUAUUAUGAUAAUGCCAGCCACCCUCUUAGAAACACUAAUUUAAUUAUCUUAGCCUCUAAACAUAAUAAAGUAAAAAUUUUAGAGUACCUAUUUGAUAGUGAUAGUAGAAUUCUAAAUAAUCUGUCUGUUGUUAUUGGAAGAAACACUAUAUUACCAUAUGAUGAAGAUGAAACACGUCAUAAUGCGUUUUAUUAUGCUAUACGAUCAUGCAAUGUUGAGCUUCUUGAUACACUCAUUAGUAAAUGGCCAGGUAAUUAUUUUUCUGUUCAUUUAGCAGAAUUGGAUGAAAUCCUUUCAAGAGUCUAUGAAGAAUUAAAGUUAAAAGAUGUACCAUUGUCAGACGAAAUGGAAAUUUUUGUUCAAAAUAAUUUAAUAAAUCUCCGUUUCUUUUCCAAUACUUCUCGAUCAGAAUGUGAAGAUCAGAAUGUAAAGAGUUGUCUUAAUAACAUCAGAGAUCGGAUUGAUUUAACACUUCAAAACAUUAGCUGGCUAAAGAAACAUUACUCAAACACAAAAAAAGUAGAUAAAAAGUUUUUAUUUGUAGCAAAAUUUAUCGCACAAAAUAUUCAUAUAUUAAAGCGGCAGUUGAAAUCAACCUAUGAUAGAUUACCUUGGGAAGAAAUGGAAUUUUGUUUAAUCAGUUUUGUUUUCUCUCACACAAAACGACAAGAAAUUAAUCUAUUUUAUAAUGCUACAUUGAAUAAAAGCAAAAUAUUAAAUUACUUAGAAAACUUUGCAGAAAAACUUGAAAAAGAAGAAAAAAGUGUGGACAUUAAUAAACUUCCAAAUUUAAAACAUCACUUAGAAAACUUUGCAGAGAAACUUGAAAAAGAAGAAAAAAGUGUGGACAUUAAUAAACUUCCAAAUUUAAAAAACAUUAAAAAACGUCCAAAAACAACGUCCAAAAAAACGUGCAAAAAAAAACGUCAAAAAAAUCGCGAGAAAGUUGUUGCAGAGAAACUUAAAAGAUGAAAAAGAAAGUGUGAACAUUAAUAAACUUCCAAAUUUAAAACGCGAGGAAGUUGUUGCAAAGAUUAUUAACAGUUGUUCUCAAUUUAAAGAAUUGUAUAACGAUUAUCAACAAAUUAGGGAUAUUUAUUCUUUAAUGAAAAUAAGUGAUUAUAUAAAGUUGGCGUUAUUGGUUGAUUCUAAAGAGAAGGAAGGACAGUUAAUUAUUACAAGGGUUUUACAGGUUAUCGGUGAGCAUUUAAAAAACACUUUAGAAUCCCCUAAGUUAUCUAAUACUACAAGUGGGCUUUUGCUAUUAUCGUUACCAAAAGAUACAAGAAAUAUAAUUAAAAGUUUACGUGAUUCACUAUCGCAUGCUGAUUCACUCUCCAAUAGAAUAAAAAUCGAGAAAAAUACAGAUGUUAAUUUUUUUCCUUGUGUUCAAAAUGAUAUUAAAAAAAUCGAUAUUGUAAUUACUGGUAUUCUUUAUAGUAAAAAAAUUAUAACGCUUAGGAUGCUUCUAAAAAGAAUUGUUGAUAGUAAAAGCUUAAGUGCUGAUAUAAAAGAAAUUGCUGAAAUAUUAAGUAAUGUUAAGUUGGAUGAAAUAAUAUCGGCAGAUUUAAAAAUAAUGGAAUACGAGAAACUUGAAAAACUUAUUAAAGAAUUAAGCGACAAUAUAACUGACAAGACAAAUUAUGAAAAGGAGCUGUUUAAUGAAAUUAAUAAAAUAAUCAAUUGUGCAGGAACUCAAUCAGAAAAUAUCAGAACUGAUUGUAUCACAGGACAUAAUUUAAUAAAAGGCUUAAUCAAUUUGAGUGAAAAAUUUAAGAUUGAAAACAACGUUAUUAGUGGAAUUAAAUUUAUUGCUAAUAGAAUAUUAGAAAAUAUGACUAUAAAAACAAACCCUAAUAGCCUUAAAGAAAUUGCUAAGUUGUUCGGAAAAAUUUAUCGUAGUAUUGAGCCAAGAAUUCGAUAUGACAAUCUGGAUAAAUUAAUUUACGAAAUUUUUUUUUAUGUUCUUGAAUUUGAAAUAAGUGACGUAAAAUGGAUUAAGGAAUUCAGAGAAAAGUUGAAUAAAAAAGAUUCGUUUACUUCUAUAGCAGGAAAGACUUACAAUAUAACAAAAGAAAAAUAUAAUAACCAGCUUGAACUAAAACUAUCUGAACUGGAAAAUAUUUUAAGCCAUAACGCAUUGAGUGGCCAAUUAAUUGAAAAAUUACCUUUGUAUAAGCGUGAUAAAAAAUUGCAAGCAGUAGUAGAAAUGCUUGUUCUGGAUAUAAUGUCAAUUUUAGAUAGCUUAAAGCAUAACUUAACAAAGCAAAAUAAUCUACUCUUUUUAGAUGCUAACACUCCUUUAUUAAUUGGAAAAUGUUUACGUAAUCAUUUAGCACAUGAUAACGCCUUAGUUAAUGUAUUGUUAUUUGAUCCUUUAAUAGCAAUUGUUUUGAACGCUAAAACACUUAUUGAAGAAAAUAAAAAGAGCAAAGAAAAAAUUGAUGAGGAAGAUAUAAAAAGCAAAGAAAAAGUUAGUGAGUUAAUAAGCGAUGAUUCUUUCAAUUUGAGAGAGAAAUACUCUCAAGACUUAGAUACCAUUACUAAUCAGGAAAAAAUGUUUGCUGCUUUGGAAGAAGGAAAACCAAACAACUUCAAGGAUUGUCUCAAAAAAGGUGCAGAUAUUAAUGCUAGAAGUAUUAAUUCAUGGACCACGUUACAUUUUGCUGCUAAGGGAUCCAGUCCUAAAGUUAUAAAAUUUAUUCUUGAUCAAAAUUUAAGUGUUAAUGUGAAAAAUAUUAAUGGUCAAAGCCCAUUACAUAUUGCUGCUGAGCAUGGAAGGAAUAAUAUUGUAGAAUUUUUUAUAAAGGAAGGUUCAUAUAUUGAUGAUUUAGAUAAUAGUGGCAAAACGCCAUUACAUGUUGCUGCUCAAAACGGUCACAAGAAUACUGUUGUAGUUUUAUUAAAUAAUAAUAAAGCACAUACUAUUGCCCGAGAUAAAAUUGGUCUUUCACCUUUACACUAUGCAAUAAUAAAUAAUCAUGUAGAUGUUACUAAGAUUUUAUUAAAAAUAAAAGAUAUAAACGUUGAUAUUAAUGAAUAUAUAGGUAACUCAACCCCGUUGCACGCAGCUGCACAGAGAGGUUAUCUAGAGUUAGUUAAAGUCUUGCUUAAAAAUGGGGCAAACGUUAAUAUUAUAAAUGAAGAUUUGACACCAUUACAUUUAGCCGCAUUAUAUGGCCAUUUGGAAGUAGUACGUGUUUUAAUCCAAAAAGGAGCUCAUGUAGACGCUAGCAGCAUAAGUGCAGGUUGUACACCAUUACACUGUGCAAUACAAAGAGGUCAUGAGAAGAUAGUUAAUAUUCUAUUAGAGCAUGGAGCUGAUGUUAAUGCUGUUGACAAAACCGGUAAUACACCUUUACACAAUGCAGCAAACGAUGGGCACGAGGAAAUAGUUAAGACUCUACUGGAAAGUAAAGCCGACGCUAGUAUUGCCACUGUUACAAGUAUUACUCCGUUGCAUCUUGCUGCCCUGUAUGGUCAUCGAGGAAUAGUUGUUGCUCUACUUAACCAUAAUGUUGAAAUUGAUGCUAAAGCUCAAAAUAACGCUACACCACUACACUGCUCAGUAGAAGGUGGUCAUAAAGAAAUUUCUGAGCUUCUAAUACAAAAAGGAGCAGAUUUUAAUGCCAAAACUAAUAAUAAUGUAACACCACUACAUACAGCUGCCCUGGAAGGCUACAAAAACAUUAUUGAUCUUCUAAUAGACAAUAAAGCUGAGGUAAAUGCAAAAGCUGAUAACGAUACCACACCAUUGCAUCAAGCUGCUCUGAAAGGCUACAAAAACAUUAUUGAUGUUCUAAUAGAAAAUAAAGCUCAGGUUGAUGCGAAAACUCUUGACAGUGUUACAUCAUUGCAUCUAGCUGCUGUGGAAGGCCACGAAGACAUUGUUGAUCUUCUAAUAACAAAAGGAGCUAAGGUUGAUGCAAUAAUUAAGAACGGUAGUACACCGUUGCAUCUAGCUGCUUUUAACGGCCACAUAGACAUUGUUAAUCUUCUAAUAGAAAGUAAAAAAGCUGAGGUUGAUGCAAUAACUAAUAACGGUAGUACACCGUUACAUAUAGCCGUGACAGCAGGUCAUACAGAAAUCGUUAACAUUCUGGCAGCAAAUGGAGCCAAUGUUAAUGUCAGAAAAAAUUACAACAUGACACCAUUGCUUUCUGCUAUAAAUUAUAAUCACAAAGAAAUCGUUGAAGUUCUUAUAUCAAAUGGAGUUAAAGUUAAUGAAGAAGGCAUUAAACUUUUGUCAUCAGCAGUUCUUGCUGCAAACACAGAUAUUAUAGAAAUUUUACUAGACAAAGUCGAUGUUGAUGUAAAAGAUUCUGAAAAUGUUGCACCAUUACACUUGGCUGCUAUUAAAGGUCAUAAGAAUGUAGUAAAAGUUCUGUUAAAAAAAGGAGCUACACUUGAUGCUAUAACUGUUGAUAAUCUAACACCAUUAUGUUUUGCAGCACAGGCGGGGUCUGAGGAAAUUGUUGAGAUUUUAAUAGCACAUGGAGCUAAUGUUAAUGUUAAUAAUAGAUCUGACAAAAAAGUUACACCGUUACACCUGGCAGCAACAAGUGGUCAUUGUAAUGUUGUAGAAGUAUUACUACAUAAAAAAGCAAAUAUUAAUGUUAAGGAUAAUGAGAAUAGAACACCUCUAGAAUUAGCAGUGGCACAUGGUCAUUUAGAAGUGGUUAAAAUGUUACUACUGCAGGACUACGAAAAAAUAGAUAUAAAUGCUAAAGGUAACAAUGAUUGGACGAUAUUGCAUUAUGCUUUAGUGCAAGAAAAUAAUUUAGGGAUGGUAAAAUAUCUAGUAGAUGAUAAGGGAUCUAAUGUUAAUGCUAUAGAUGCCUUCGGUUCAAAACCUAUACACAUUGCAAUAAAAAAAGGUUGUAAAGAUACUGUAGAGUUUUUCCUUAGUAAGGGAUUAAGUAUUAAUGAACUUAAUGCAGAUAAUUGGACAUUAUUACACUAUGCUGCAGAAAAUGAUCAAUUAGAAGUUGCGAAGUAUUUGAUAGCACAAGGCGCUGACGUUAAUGCUAAAGAUGUUAAUGGCUUCACUCCGAUGCAUAUUGCUGCUAAUUUUAGUUAUAAAGACGUUAUUAAAGUUUUAUUAGAAAAUGGCGCAGUUUAUAACGCCGUUGACGAGCUUUUCAUGAGAUGUUUAGAAACAUCUAAUGACAAAACCGUUAUCGAUUUAUUAGAAUCAACUGAGAAAUUGUUUGAGGCUGUAAAACGUAAUGAUUCUUCAGAUGUUGAGAAUUACAUUAAAGCAGGAGCAGUCGUUAACGCCAAAAAUGUGAAUGGAACAUCAUUACAUUAUGCUGCAUGUAAUGGCUAUGACAAUAUCGUCAAUAUUCUGUUACAAAAUGGAGCUGAUCCUAAUACAGUUGAUAACAAGGGAUUUACCCCUCUACAUUGUGCUGCUAAGUCCUGUCACUUAAAAGUUGUAAAGCUCCUAUUAUCUAAUGGUGCAGUAUAUAAUACAAUUUCUGAUAAUGGUAUAACCCCGUCAGAUUUUAGUGUAGAUGAAAGUAUUACUAGCUUAUUUAAACUACUAGAUGACUCAUUUAAAAACAUUAAAAAUGAUGAUUCUCAAGUUAUUAAUGAUCUUAACAAGAUAAAGGAUAUUGAUACAGUAAAAGCAAUGAUGAAUGCUCGUAAUGAAGAAAACAAAACGUUAGUAGUUGCUGCGGUGCAUAGUAACUAUUCAAAAGUCGAACAGUUAAAAGAGGUAUCACAAGAUGGUGUAUCCGAUCAGAUUAAUGAAGGUUUAAAAUAUUUUUAUCGAGGCGAUUAUCAAAAGGCCUUAGAUUCCUACAAAAGAGCAUAUAAAGAAAGAAAAGAAAUACUAGGAUCAGAUAACCCUGGCACUUUAGAUAUUCAGACAUACAUAGGUAAUGUAUCAUACGCACAAGGGGUUUACCAAGAAGCUUUAAAUACAUUUGAAGAAAUUUUCCAGAAACAGAAAGACAUAUUGGGUUUAAAUGACGAGAAUACUUUAAGUACAAUAAGUAAAAUUGCUUUAGCGCUGCAUAAACAGGGAGAGAAUGAAGAAGCUUUUAAUAUUUAUCAAGAAGUUUAUUCAAAGCAAAAAGAAAUAUUAGGGCCAAAUCAUUUAGAUACUUUAGAGACUUACUUUCACAUGGCAAUGUUAUUAGAUCAACAAGGAAAAUACGAAAAAGCGUUUAAUAUCAACAGAACAGUUUUUGAAAAAAGUAAAACAAAAUUAAAUGCAGAUGAGCCAACAGUUUUGUGUAUUCAAGAAAAUAUAGCGGUGGUACUGGCUAACCAGGGUGAGCUUGAAGAGGCAUUGACAAUUUAUAAAAAUGUUUACGAGAGGAAGAAAGUGGUUUUAGGUAUUAAUCACUGUAGUACUUUGACAGCGUUGCAUAACAUUGGUCUAAUAUUCCACGCGCAAAACAAUUAUUAUGAAGCCCUGAAAACUUUUCAAGAGGUUUUAAAUAAAAGGAAAAAAGUUUUGGGAGAAAAUCACCGUGAAACCUUGAGUACUCAAUACUGUAUUGCAAAUGUAUUGUUUGCUGAAUUUAAAUUGAUUGAUGCACUUAGAGCCUAUAGAGAAAGUUUUGGUCAAAUCUACGCUGUUCUUGAACCAAGUCAUCCCACUGUUUUAGAUAUUUUAAACAAGAUAAAAAAUAUUAAUUAUAUACUUAAGUUUACAGGCAUCGAGCCGCGAGAUAUUCUACUGUAUCUGCAGAAGGACAUUACAACAUGUCAUUAAUGAAAAUAACGAAAC